AUGGGUGCCCAGCGUUGGUCUUGCUUUCUGGUUUUUGCCAAUUUUUUCCUGGUUUCUGGCUUGCCAACUCCAGAAAACUUUGUCAAAGAUAUAGAUGGGGGAGUUGAUCGAGACAUAUUUGAUAUUAAUGAAGAUUUCGGACUGGAUCUUUUUGAGGGCGAUAUCAGACUUGAGGUACAAGAGAGAAAUUCCAUCAUUGGAGAAGAAUAUAGGUGGCCUCAUACCAUUCCAUAUGUUCUAGAAGAUAGCUUGGAAAUGAAUGCUAAAGGGGUGAUCCUCAAUGCGUUUGAACGCUACCGCCUGAAAACAUGCAUUGACUUCAAGCCGUGGACUGGAGAAGCUAACUACAUAUCAGUGAUCAAGGACAGUGGAUGUUGGUCUUCAGUAGGAAACAGACGUGUUGGGAGGCAAGAGCUGUCCAUCGGGCAAAACUGUGACAGAAUAGCGACUGUGCAGCACGAGUUCCUCCAUGCGCUGGGGUUCUGGCAUGAGCAAUCUCGAGCUGACAGGGAUGACUAUGUCAUGAUUGUUUGGGACAGAAUUCUGGAAGGCCGCGAACACAAUUUCAAUGUCUAUGAUGACCGAGUAUCGGAUUCCCUGAACGUUCCCUAUGACUACACCUCAGUGAUGCACUACAGUAAAACUGCUUUCCAAAAUGGCACGGAGCCCACCAUCGUUACGAGAAUCUCAGACUUUGAGGAUGUGAUCGGCCAGCGAAUGGACUUCAGCGAUGCUGACCUGAAGAAGCUGAACCGCCUGUAUAACUGCUCCUCUUCCUUGAGUUUUAUGGACUCAUGUGAUUUUGAACUGGAAAAUAUCUGUGGCAUGAUUCAAAGUUCAGGAGAUAGUGUUGACUGGCAACGGGUUUCACAGAUUCCUGGGGGCCCAGAAAGCGAUCACUCCAACAUGGGCCGGUGCAAAGGUUCUGGCUUCUUCAUGCAUUUUGACACCAGCUCUGUGAACGAGGGGGCCACAGCGAUGUUGGAAAGUAGAACACUGUACCCCAAGAGAGGGUUUCAGUGUUUGGAAUUUUAUCUGUACAACAGUGGCAGUGGAAAUGACCAGCUAAACAUCUACAUCCGGGAGUACACUACGGGGACCCCACAUGGGGUUUUAACUCUUACGAAAGAAAUAAAAGAAAUACCCAUUGGGAGCUGGCAACUUUACCACAUUACAUUGCAAGUGACUAAUAAAUUUCGAGUGGCAUUUGAAGGACGUAGAGGCUCUGGCGUAUCAUCAGGUGGUCUGUCUAUUGAUGACAUCAAUCUUUCAGAAACACGAUGCCCUCACCAUAUCUGGCAUAUUCAGAAUUUCACACAGCUCAUUGACAGCCAGGAAGAUGUAUACAGUCCUCCAUUUUAUUCUCCUAAAGGUUACGCCUUUCAGAUUUACUUGACUCUGAAGUCCUUGCCUAAUGUGGGAAUUUAUUUCCACCUGAUCUCUGGAGCCAAUGAUGAUCAGUUACAGUGGCCGUGUCCUUGGCAACAAGCCACGAUGACACUCUUGGAUCAAAAUCCUGACAUUCGGCAGCGUAUGUCCAACCAGCGGAGUAUAACGACAGACCCAUUGAUGACCACAGAUAAUGGAGACUAUUUUUGGGACAGACCUUCCAAAGUGGGGCAGGUGGUCCUUUUCCCUAAUGGAACUCAGUUUAGCAGGAGCAGAGGCUAUGGGACCAGUGCCUUUAUAACCCAGGAGAGGCUGAAGAGCAGAGAUUUCAUAAAAGGAGAUGAUGUUUAUAUCGUACUAACAGUCGAAGACAUAUCUCACCUCAAUUCUACACAAAUGAAGCCAGUCCCAACCUUGAACAUCCCAGGCUCAGCCUCAACUGUCCUCGACUCCUGCUCCGAAGUCCAGUGUCAGAAUGGUGGCAUCUGCACUGUCCUAGAGGGCAGAGCUGAGUGCAGGUGUCCUGCGGGUGAAGACUGGUGGUACAUGGGAACAAGGUGUGAAAAUCGAGGCUCCACCCGAGACACCAUCAUCAUCGCUGUUUCAUCCACCGUCGCUGUGUUUGCGGUGAUGCUCAUCAUCACCCUCGUCAGCGUCUACUGCACCCGCAGGAAAUACCGGAGCAAGACCAGUUCAAACGCAGCAGCCGUAAAUCCAGGAGACCAAUAUGCAUUUUGAAGAUCAACUCAACCACACAGCCAACAGUGAAAUGAGAAAGG